GGGUGCAGCCAGAGUACUGGUAGUGGAAAAAAUUUGUUCGCCAUUCCGCUUCGGAAAGCCGAUCUGAAGAGGCAGAAGGCAUGGCUCCACAUGAUUGGGAGGAAAAAUUUCGUCCCUACCAGAAGCAGCAAGCUUUGUGAGGACCAUUUUUCACCGGAUAAGUUUGAACCUCGGAUCUGGCAGAGCCAUGGCAUCAAAAAUACUUAAACCAGACGCUGUCACAGCAACUUUAGCCAUAGGCCGCCAAAGCCAGUUCGAUGACCACCGUGAGAAAGGGAAAUGGGAAACAUCCAAGGGGAGCCAAUGUAGGAGGAAGACAGCAUCCAGACGCUUCCAUCUCUGCAUUCAACUGCUGCUCUCACAGCACAAGCCUUGCCCUCGCACACAGAGGCACAAUCCAGCAAAGUGCAAAACUGCGACCAGGAGUCUGUGCCUCAGGCGGGCCCCCCAGUUGCACGAGCCUUGCCCAUACUCACAGCCGCCCACUCCAGCGAGAUGCAAAGCUGCGACUGGGAGUUUGUGUCCAAUGCGGAUGCUGCAGUUGCUGAGUAACAUGAUGGCCAGACACAAAUGCUGCAUGACAUUGUUAGUGCGAGUACAACUGCGGCACUCUUUGCAUUUUACUUUGAAUUAGUAAAUGCUGGCACCAAAUAAUAGGGUGCAACUUUGUGCCCGAUAUGAACAUUUUUCAUCCCUUGUUUGCAUUAACAGUGUCGCACUUUGUUAGGUCAGAACAAGCCUUAACACCAGUGGGGUGAGGCGUACGGAAUUCAUGCCAUAAACCGAUCUCACCAGCCAGUUUGACUACGCGCCACAGCUGUCGCAAUGCAUUGAGGGAACUUCAGUCUUUCUG